AUGGCAAAGAGAAGAGCAGACGAACCAGAAGAUUCUGACAUUGAUGUCAGUUCUACCGAUUCAGAAAAUGAAUUGGAAGAUGAACAACAGCAAGGUGAAGAAGGUGAAGAUAUAAUCAAUGUCGAUUUUGAUUACUUUGAUUUAAAUCCAGAUGUUGAUUUCCAUGCGAUUAAGAAUUUCCUUCGUCAGUUGUUCGGAGACGAUGCCACAACAUUUGACGUUUCGUCGUUGGCUGAUUUGAUUUUGACCAAGAAUUCAGUUGGUACGACUAUCAAGACAGAGGGCAUGGAGAGUGAUCCAUUUGCAAUUUUGUCGGUAAUAAAUAUGACGGAGAAUAUCAAUAAGCCGUGUCUUAAAACGGUAGUUGACUACGUGCUUCAAAAAACUAGCAAGAACUUAGAAUUUAACUUAAUGUUGAGGAAGUUGUUGGAAGCCAAGGACCAAAAAGCCACCAGUUCGUCGAAAUCUUUAAAGGUUGGUUUGAUUAUUAGUGAAAGAAUGAUCAACAUGCCCGUGGAAGUUGUCCCACCUAUGUAUAAGAUGUUAUUGGAGGAGAUGACAAAGGCAGAAGAUGCCCACGAGAAAUACGAGUUUGACUACUUUUUAGUCAUUUCCAAGGUUUACAAGCUCGUGUCUGCCAAGGUUCAAGAUGCUGAAGCUCCGCAAAAGUCAAAGAAGAAGAAGGUUGCCACCAACGAACCAGUCCCAGUAGAGAUGGACUACUUUCAUUAUGAGGAUAUGGUUUUGGAAGAAAACGCUAAAUAUUUCGCCACGUACGAUUACAAUGAAGCCAGGCAAGAUACAGAUUCGAGAAGAGUAUUCACUGAUUACGGUAUCGACCCUAAAUUGAGCUUAAUCUUAAUUGACAAGAAUAAGCUUGCUGAGUCUAUUCCUCAAAUGGAAGAGAAGUUCCCUCCAUUUUAG